AUGGCGGUGGCUAACGCUCUGAUCGCCAAGAGGGAGGCCCUUACAUAUCAGUCACCAUCUUCCUCUUCUUCUUCUAAUAACAAUGGUGAUCCCGAUCCUGAAACUUCUGUUCUCGAUCAUGGGGCGGUUGAGAAGGAAAAGGAAGAGGAGGUAAGCGGAGCUUCUAUUCAUCAGGAGCUUGCGAGGUUGGAAUUGAAGGAGAACGAGGAAGAGCCGGUUCUGAAACCGGAUUUGGAGGAGAAGAAAGAAAAAAAAGAAGAAGAGAAGGAUGAGGAAAAGGUUGUUGACAGGGAUUUGAGUGGAGAAGAAAUGGGGAGCCGGAAUGGAAGUGACGAUGGAAAUGAGAAUGUGAAUGAGGAUGGGUAUGGGAAUGGGAAUGAAGAUGAAGAUGAGGAUAGGAAGAGAGAAGCAGAAGAGAAAGAUGAUGAAGAUGGUGGAGUGGGAGAGAAUAAGAGUGGAAAUGAGACUGAAAAUGGCAGUGAAGUAAAUAAUGGUAGCGGUGAGAUGGAUAAGAAGAACAGGUAUGGUGGUGGUAUUCGAAAGUAUCAGUAUCCAGUGAGGCCUGAAGCUGAAGAUUGCUUAUUUUACCUCAAGACUAGAACUUGUAAGUUUGGAUCCAAUUGCAAGUUUAAUCACCCAGUUAGAAAAAGAAGCAAUCAGGGUGCUAAGGAGAAAGUAAAAGAAAGGGAAGAGUCCACGGAAAAUCAUGGGCAGUCAGAAUGCAAGGUUUUUAUAAUUACAACAAUUCUAGAUAUUAUACUUCAUCACUUUUACGCAUGUCACUAUGGAAUCUGAUCAGUACAUAUGC